AUGGGCAACGGAGCCAGGGCACAGCAGAAGCGGGAGCGUAAUGCCGGCAAGGAUAAGAAGGAGCCGAGCAGUCAAUUGAAGACGAACGCAGCAGCUCAAACGUUCAAAUGCAAGACCUGCUUUCAGACAUUCCAGAGCACUACCGCCCGCAAGGCGCUCGAAUCCCACGCGACCGACCGCCAUUCCAAAGCCGUUGAAGACUGCUUCGACUUCAAGUGA